AGUUGGGCCUGGGGUCUACCAGGUGAAUGACACUCAGCCUGGGACUUCAGAGACUACCAACAAAGAGCUAGAAUUCGUGAGCAAGCUACCUCCUUUGAACCAUGAUGGAAUACAAUUUAUGAAUGAGAAAAGAAGUGUAAGGUCAAACUGGGUUCUAACUUACACUGCAGGAACGAACUCUCCCUGCCACAGCAGGCCUGGCAAUCUUAAGGACACCACCCAUCCAACCAAGAAGUCCCUAAGCAGGGGCGUGGGGAAUCACAUCUUAGCACAAUGUCCUCCUCCAGACGGAACACUGGGUCGCCACGUGACAGCAGGGGAUCGCUGGCUCCCCACCGAUGUUUGCUGUCAGAAUUAUAUACAUCUCUUCAGAAUUUUAAUAAUGAGAACAAGAAAUCUAAUCUCCAAAAAGUCUGUGGCACAUCAUUUAGGGAAGCUCAGGAAACCCUUGAGAAAACCCUGAAUGGCUUGCCAUUGGACAGCUCUGAGACUAUGAGUGGCCACGAGCGCCUCCCUGUCAUACAGACUAGGGUUAAGAAAACGGAGCAGAAGUCACCAUCCAUGUCAGAUCUACUUCACCAAAGUCUGUUAAUGGGUUACAUUGCCCCAUUGGAACAGGUAUACAGCUCCCAGCAGAGACUGGCCCAGGCUGGCAUCCCCCCUCCUAUGCUCGACUUUCCUUAUGAUUUAAGGGACGAAGUGCCCAUAGUUGCUCCAACACACCACUUCAGGAAAAGGAUUCAAAGCACCACAUUCCGAAAACUUCUCUUGUCUUCUGUUACCCCAGGCAGGCUGUUCUUGGAAGAAAAAUCAGUAAGCCAUGUCUGCUCAGAGCCAGGAAAGCAGUUCCUGGACCUGGCAGACCUCCAGUGGAGGUAUUUCAAGGGGCUUGCAGUGUGGGGGAAAAUGCCCAGGAUGUUUUCAUUCAUGGACAUAGAGUUCAACAGUGAGAAGAGAUUCGUAGAGAGCCGAGACAUGCCUGGCUUUAUCUUCCCUCCUCUAGUUCGUAAGACUCUGGUGGUUUAUCCUCAGGUGGCGUACGAUGAUUCGGGACACUAUUUUGUCAAAUGGAAAGCCUAGUCUACUGAGCUAGUCUGGGUAUGGAUUGCUGCACUUGGGAACACUGAAUCGAUGCAAGAGACAGAAAAGCAUGCGAUCCACUUUUCUAUGCAAUAUCUGCGUAAAGCAUACAUUAAAAUGAUUGUG